AUGGCCUCCGCGGCGACGUCGCAAGCGAUCAGGACAGCGAUAGCAGCGACAAACUGUGCGACUGCGUCACAGUUAUCGAGUCGACUGUCGUCAGCGACAAACGUCUCGCUGUUCUCGCUGAGAACUGUUCCGCUACAAUGCAGAAGCCAGUCAUCUGUAAGCGGCUCUAACCGCCUGCGAAUCACGUGCAACGCUGCGUCGCCAGGCGCGCAGCCCGCGGAAGACCCCUACCAGGUGCUGGGAGUCCGCCCCCUGGACUCGUUCGACGCCAUCAAGCUGGCGCACAGGAAGAAGCUGCGGGACGCGGAGGGCAAGGGGGACGAGGCGGAAAUAGAGCGAAUCGACAAGGCAUACGAUGCCAUCAUGAUGCGCCAGCUCACCAUGCGCAAGAAGGGCGUCACAUAUGGCUCUCUCGAGGUGUCAAAGGACAUCAAGUUUGCCGACCAGACAAACUUCCUCCCAUGGCUGCCGCGCUACGAGAAGGCGGACAACAAGGGCAUCCUCAUUAAUGCUGCUGUCUCUGCCGUCAUGGCGGUGUGGAUGGUGGGGGCGCAGAGCACGGACUGGAAGAUCCUGCAGUUCCUCCUCUCCUUCUACAUCUUCCAGCUCUUCAUGAAGCUUGACCCCUUCUACCCGCAAAACACUGAGGAGGGGGAGAAGAGAUGGCAGAGGAACGGGCGGCGACUCACACGGGCGCUUAGCCUUGUCUUUGGCGUCAUUGCUCUUGCCUCUUUGGUUCACACUCUCCUGAUUAAGGCCUACUCGCUUGCUGGGAUGUAUGUUCCACGUGCACUUUACACCUUCCAGCGCGGCGGAAAGACCAAACCUCACCCGCAACCUCCCGCGAGGGGCAUCCCCGCACGGCGGCAAUUUCUAGCGUCCGUUCUCCCCACCGGCAGCGAAGACAUCGAUUCGCUCUCCGACGCGUCGCCGUCAGAUGCGGCGAAGAUCGGAACGGACGUGGACCUGCUGUUGCUCUUCCUCUUCCUCCAGCGGUACCGCCGCGUUCCCAACCGCUCGUCGCGCGACGCUGCUGUGCUCGCGGACGUGUGGCCGCAGGGGCCGUCGCCGUUCGACUCUGUCUCCCCCACCGCUACCUCCGCCCUCCAGAUAAAGACAAGCCUGGCCACCCGGCAGCGGUUCCAAACGGGGCAUGCGGAGGAGGAGCAGCAGCAGCUGUCGUUUCUGCAGAAGAACCUUCCCGCCGUGCUACAACUGCUGGCGGAGCAUGGCUCUGAUGCUGCUGGUAGUGGCGACGGCACGGAACCCGGCACACAAGUCAUCUCUAUCGACAAGUUCGAGUUGCUGGGUCUCUUCCUUCGGGUCAACCGACCCGGAGUCUCCUCCCUCCUCCUAUCCCAAGUCGCUCCUUUCUUUGCCGAAGCUGACGCGGCCAUGCCUCCUGCGCCCGUACCUCUCUCCGUGGCUCAAGACUGGCUCGGCCCGAGGCUCUGCUGCACGUCCGACCACGGCCCGGACCUAAGGCCGCAGUCCCCCUCCCGCCCCGCCAAGGUCCCCGCGGAUAGGGGCGGAGAUUCCGCCGCCUCCCCCACCAAAAGCGGAGAUACGCCCAUGGGGGAAGGGGGAGCAGUUGCGGGGAGCGGGGCAGGCGCAGGGGCGGAGGUUCAGGGAUCGCCUAGAGGGGCCGCGGCCAAUGGGGCGAUGACAGGUGGCGUGCUGUCGCGGCGUGUGUGGGCGGCGGCAGGGAUGACGACCGUUGAUGGGGUUGCGAAGAUGUCGGUUCUCAAGGGGGAGACGGAGGUUGACAGCAGCUGCGUGCGGGUGGCGCACUGUCACGACAGUGUGAUCUACGUGCUCGCGCCUCUCAAGUACGCCUCCGUUAUUGGCUGCUCCGAUUCCAUUGUGGUGCUGGGCGCCGUGGGCAAGGUGGUGCGAGUGGAAGCCUGUGAACGCCUGACCCUCAUCGCCCCGUGUGCGCGCAUCCGCAUAGCCAACUGCCGCGAGUGCGUGUUCUACCUCGGCUGCAACUCCCGCCCCGUCAUUCUCGGCGACAACCACUCCCUCCAAAUCGCCCCUUACAACACCUUCUACCCCCGCCUCGACUACCACCUGGCCAAGGUCGGGGUGGACCCUGCUGUGAACAAGUGGGACAUGCCGCUAGCGCUGGGGUCGUUAGAUGCUGCUGCUGCUGCUGGUGCUGCCGGUGCUGGCACUGCUGCUGGUGGGGCUGGUGGUUCGGCUGGUGCUGGGGGGGCGAGUGGAGUGGAGGGGGAGGGGGCGAAGGAGGGAGCGGCGGCCGCGGCGCUUGAUUCGGCGAUUCUGAUGCCUCCUGAGAAGUUUGUGCCGUUUGUGGUUCCGUUUCGGACGCAGCAGGAGCAGCCAGGCGGAGGAGGCGGUGCCAGUCCACUGCUGCAGCAGGCCACGCGGGCCAACCCGUUUGCUCUGCCCAAGACAUACCUCAUCGCCCUGCAGCACAAGACCAAGACGGUGGAGAGUCUGAGGCAGACGCUCAAGACAGCGGUGCUGGACGAGGGGCGGAAGAGGGAGCUCACGAACGUCAUCCAGGCACACUUCAAGGAGUGGCUCCUCAGUCAGUGCCCCCCCUACCUCCUCUACCUCCUACGGCAUUUUGCCUCCUGA